CCUUUUCCUCUCCAUCUUUCCGUUUUCUUUGUAGCUAACAGCUCCCUGCUGGGCGGAGGCGGUGUGGAUGGGAGCAUCCAUCGUGCUGCGGGGCCUUUGCUUAAAGAAGAAUGCCGGACUCUGAACGGUUGCGAAACUGGGAAAGCCAAAAUCACCUGUGGCUACCGUCUGCCAGCCAAAUUCGUCAUUCACACGGUGGGGCCGAUAGCCCAGGGAGAGCCCAGCGCAGCCCAGGAGACGGAGCUCGGCAACUGCUACAAGCACAGCCUGAAGCUGGCCCUGGACAACAAGCUGCGGACUGUGGCCUUCCCCUGUAUUUCCACCGGCGUGUUUGGAUACCCAAAUGAUGCCGCUGCUGAGAUUGUGCUCAACACACUGCGCAAGUGGCUAGAGGACAACAAGGAGAAGGUGGACCGCAUCAUCAUCUGCGUCUUCCUGGAGAAAGACGACGAGAUCUACAAGGAGAAGCUGCCCCGCUUCUUCCCCACGGAUGCUGCCGCCGGAGGCCCCAUACCUUCCCGCCUGUGAGCCCUGCAGAACAAGACACCGGAGGGGAGCAGAAGCAAAGCGGGGGAGGAAAAACACCCCCGUGGCUAGUGUAACAUCUGGAAAUGGCUGCAUCCUGGAAUAAAAAACAUGCCUGCAUAAGCCCA